GGGAUUUUGGUCGUUUUAUUUUGUUAAAUUAAGACAAACUACCCCGUUACCCCACAAAGACGAUAAUUUACACAUCAACAUGGCCGUGCCACUCAAAAAUGUCGUUGUUCUGGGCGGCUCGUAUGUCGGGCUGGCAGCGGUGAAAGAGCUGACGGCUGCUCUGCCCAAGACUCAUCGGGUACUCCUGGUAGAGCCGCACAGCCAUUUCCACCAUCUGUUCGCGUUUCCCCGAUUUGCGAUCUUGCCAAGCCAUGAGCACAAGGCCUUCAUUCCCUAUUCUGGGGCAUUCGCCUCUGCCUCAGACCCGUCACAGCAUGCCGUGAUUCGGGCCCGCGCUAUAUCUCUCGCGUCGGACCAUGUUGUCCUCGACAGAGACUGGCAAGGGUCUAACAAGGUCCCAUUCGAGUAUGCUGUUGUCACGACGGGUACGCGUCUCUCGCCUCCUGGCUCCAUGGAACAUGACGAAAAGCCCUUAUCGAUCAACUACUUUAAGGCGUAUCAACAAGGAGUCAAGAACGCCAAGGCCAUUGUCAUUGUGGGCGGUGGAGCUGUGGGUGUGCAAAUGGCCACAGACCUGAAGGAAAUCUACCCAGAGAAGAGCGUGACUCUGGUCCACUCACGAGACCGAAUAAUGCAGCUCUAUCACCCUAAGAUGGAUCAAAUUAUCAGAGACCGCUUCACAGAGCUCGGAGUGAGCGUGAUCACUGGCACUCGUGCAGUUGUCCCUCCGGGUGGCUUCCCUAACGAUGGAUCCAACUUUGAGCUGGAAUUGAAGGACGGCCGCAAGGUUCCGACCGACUUUGUUAUUGCUGCCACAGGCCAGACCCCGAACACCCAGUUCCUGGAGACACUUGAGCCAUCCCCUGACAGUUCACUCAUCAACCCCACGAAUGGAUUUAUCAAUGUCCUCCCAACUUUACAGUUCAAGGACCCUAAGUACCCCAACUUCUUUGCCGCCGGCGAUAUUGCCGACAGCGGAGCUCAUAAAGCCGCUCGUCCCGGUGCGGGACAAGCCCGAGUCGUCGCUGACAACAUUCUUGCCAUGAUUGCUGGCCGCCAACCUAGCGAACAUAUCACCGUGACACCUCCAGCUAUUCAUCUUACCCUGGGCCUGACGAAGAACAUGAUCUUCCGGAACCCUGAUACCAAGAGUGGCGCCACGGAGCCUGUUAUCACCUGGAGGGACGAUGGAGUAGCAGACAUGGGAAUCACCGGCGUUUGGGAAAGGCGGGGUGUGAAGGUGAACAGGUCCGAAGAGUAUCAUCUUUAAGGAGGAUUUGCAUUAUCUAGUGGGGAUAGAGGCGUAUAAUUAGAAACAGCGUAGAAGAUUCUGACUGAAGCUAUAAAGCCAGUCGAAAAAACUAGCGUAGACAGAAAAUCCGGAAAGGGAUUAGCACUUCAUCCAGUGCCUUCGUCGGUGUGGCU